AAUUAACUAACAUUAGGAAGUGGCGCAAUGUUAUUUUUUUUUCAGGAUCUUGAUUCCUCAAUACGUACCGUGAAUGGCGAUUGAAAAAUUCCAUUGUGCUUCAGCUGCUUCACCUAAUAAGGUUAACGAUCCUGCUUCUAGAAAGGGCGCCUAACUUUAUAGACAAGAAUAAUUAUUUUUUGACCCCUUUUUUCCAAACAGCUUGGAACUUGGAAUUAAAAUAGUGCAACAUGGAAUGGCGUAUUUCGUUUCACCUUUCCCCGCUCAAGAGGGCAAACAAUCAUCAGAAGGCAUAGUCUUCCCCUUCCAUCCCAAUGCCCAAACUCUUUUACAGAAAAUUUGUUCGAGUGGUAUCUUUUCACACCGCAAACACGUGCUGAUUCCGGCUUUUGCUACUAUAAUUGGAAUAAUUUAACUGCGACCAAAGACCGGACGAAUGUUGGUGGGCUGACGUCCUGCAUUUUCUUUUCUAACCUUGGCAUUUUUAAAAUGAGCGGAAAUUCAGAAGUGAAUCAUCAGGAAAUUUGUCAUAACCUGUUCUUCCUUUGUGAUUUCUUGAAACCCAGAAACCAAAUCGUUUAGUACCAUGGUGACUUUUAACGACUUCAGUGAUGCUGACUCGUUCUAUGAUCUGGAGAAAACUAUUUCUCAGUUCGAGAUUGGCACGGAUGUCUUGAAAAUUUUUAAUAAGCAAGCUCCUGAAAAAAGGCAUCUGUCCGUCAAGAGAUGGUCCCGUCAAAUUGUCUGGAACAAACUGGGAAUGAUCCAAAAGAAGACCUACGAAGGAAUAAUUGAUUUAAGAGAUGUCAAAGAAAUCAGAAGUGGAAAAAAUUCCAGCAACUUUGAGCUGCUGUCAAAAUUGCAAAUCGUCAAGACUGAAGAACUCGAAGAGGCUCGAUGCUUUGUCAUUUGCUACACGCGCGAAUUUAAUAUGAAAACCCUUUCUAUCUGUGCCAAAUCCGAAAAGGAGCGCGACGAUUGGGUGAAGGGAUUACGUAGUCUGACUCACGACACUAUCAAUGCUUCCUACCCGGUGCGGAUGGAACGUUGGUUAUGGAAGGAAUUUUACCGCAUGACUUCCGAGAAAGAGAACGUCAAUGUGAAGGAUAUCAGAGCCUUUUUGCCGCAAGUCAACUGUCAAAUCCCCAAGACUCGGCUCCAAGAAAUUUUCAGCGAAGUCAACAAUCGGAGUGUUGGCGAAUUAUCGUUCGACGAGUUCGCAUCUCUCUGCAAUCUACUUACCUACGAUGAAAAGAUUUUCGAUUCCUUCUUUUCCAAAUAUUCUUCUGAAGAAAAUACGAUCACUCUUUCAAACUUCAAGGCAUUCCUUGCGCAACAGGGUGACAGCGAAGCCUUUAAGGACAGCGAUCUAUUGAUAGCCAACUUCAUGAGAGAUUUUACCAGAGAUCCACGGCAGAAUAAUUUCGAUCAAGAUUACGAGAAAGGAUUUUUUUGUGAUAAAGAGUUCAUUAAUUACCUGUUUUCACAUCACAACGAACUCUUCGAUCCUCAACACAAGACUGUCAAUCAGGAUAUGACGCAACCUUUAUCUAGUUAUUGGAUCGCCUCUUCCCAUAAUACGUAUUUAACUGGUGACCAGCUGAAAAGCCCUUCAAGUUGCGAGGCUUACGCCAGAUGUCUAAUGCAAGGCUGUCGCUGCGUCGAACUGGAUUGUUGGGACGGUCCGGACGGAACACCGUUAAUCUACCACGGUUUACUCGGGAUGACUUUGACGUCAAAAAUCAGUUUUCUAGAAGUUGUGAAGACGAUCAAGGAAUACGCUUUUGUCACUUCAUCUUUCCCAGUCAUCUUGUCCAUCGAGAACCACUGUUCGCUGCCGCAGCAAUUGAAAAUGGUCGAGAUUUAUGAAGAGGUGUUUGGUUCUAUGUUGCUCAAGAGUCCAAUCGAACUGGAUGACGUGAGAAUGCUGCCGUCACCUCAGGAUUUGCAGGGGAAGAUUAUCAUCAAGAAUAAAAAGCUACCCGAAAAUUCCGGUACUUGUACUUCGCCAUCUGUUUCUCCUAAAAAUGAUGAAAAUUUGAGGAAAAUGACCGGCGUUCUGUAUAUGAGAGAUAAGGCGAGUGCUGAUUGGGUCUCGUAUUUCGUCGUGUUCAACGACACCAAAAUGUUCUACAUGAAAUUCCAGUGUAAAGGAAGCGAGCCGGACGAAGAGGAAGAGGAUGAUGGGGAAGUGAAUUACGUUUACCAGCAGAUACCGGAUGAUGUUGUGGAAUACGAGCUGCAUUAUAGUGAGGUCUGGUUUCACGGUCAUAUGGAAGGUGGAAAGUUCAAGGCAAAAGAACUUUUGGAAGAGUACGGACCCAAACUAGGCUAUGGAACUUUCCUAGUCCGCAACAGUGGCAAUCUAAUCGGAGACUAUACAAUAUCAUUUUGGUACAAAUCCAAAGUCGAGAACAUCCGCAUCAAGAGUAGAGUAGUUACUAGUCAAACUGGGAAACGGAAGAAAGAUUUUCAGUUAAAGAAUGGUGGACCUUUUUUCGACAGUUUGUGUAGUUUAGUCGAUUAUUACAAAACUAAUCCAUAUGAAGCUCCAAAUUUCAAAGUUUAUUUCGACAAACCCGUUCCUCAUUUCCGUACUCACGUGGGGAAAAACUGGUUCCACCCAAAUAUUGGACAGGCGGAAGCUGUCGAGUUACUUCGCAAGAUUCCAAUAUCCGGUGCAUUUCUCGUUAGAUCCAGCGAUAACGAUCCGGACCUGUUUACUAUCUCAUUCAGGACUGAAACGGAGAUAAAACACUGCCGUAUCAAGCAAGAUGGUCGUCUAUUCAUGAUUGGAAGAGCCCAGUUUGUUAGCCUUGUCGCCUUGAUAAGCCACUACGAAAAGAACCCACUUUACAAGCAAGUUCAUCUUCGUUUACCAGUGACGGAAGAGGCGAUCCGCCAUUAUGAAAAGAAUCCCCAAGCUGAAAUAGCGAUUUCGUGUUCACCAGAAGAUCCUUCUAAUUACAUUGAUUGCACAGCUUUGAUGGAAUCCAUGAGGAUAUCAGUGAAAACUCUGCAGAGUUACAAUGCUCGAAGGAAAGAUGAGCUCAGUUUCCCUAAAGACGCCAUUAUCAAAAACGUGAAGAAGGUGGACACUGAUUGGUGGCGAGGGGACUAUGGGAAAAAAUAUCAGUGCCUCUUCAUGGCUUCUUAUACGGAAGAAAUCGACUACGACGAAGGAAUACGACACGAAGAAGAAAAUUCCGCAGUUGGCAUAACCAAAGGCUUACAGAAAAAAGACGCUUUCUUCGAUAUGACGGGGGCAACAGUGGAGUUGUUGAAAGUGCGCCAGUCAACGAUUCAUGGGUCGUCGGAGUCUGAGCAGCAAACAGUUGAGGGUGGAGUAAUACCGAGGUGGAUAGUGCUCGUAAAAUUAGCAUCCGAAACAGAAAAAAUCGAACUAGGUGUGGAAUCCAGAGAAAAUGCUUUAAACUGGGCUAAUGCUAUCAGGAACGCAAGCGGAUGUGAAACGGAACCACCGUUUGAUGAGCAAGAGAACAAUGAUACGAUCCAGUUCAGCGAAGUCGAAAAUAAAUACAGCAUUGUUAAAGGACUCUCCGAUAUCAUCGUCUACUGCCAGGCUACGCAUUUCAAUCAAGAACGUAUCCUUAGCAAGGGUCGAAACCCUUGUGAAAUGUCGUCCUUCUGCGAACCAGAAAAGCUGAUGACUCAACAAGAGUACCAAUUCUUUCUCUGGUAUCAUCAGGUGAUGCUAAGCCGCAUCUAUCCGGCCGGUAAAAGGAUAGAUUCUAGCAAUUACAACCCAGUUCCUUUUUGGAAUGUCGGCUCUCAGCUUGUGGCUUUAAAUUAUCAAACACCCGACAGAAGUAUGCAGUUAAACGAAGCCAAGUUUCUGCAAAAUGGAAAAUGUGGAUAUGUUUUAAAGCCGAGUUACUUGCGGGAGUAUUCUAGUGACUACAAACCGUCUUCCGUUUGUUCACUGACUGAUGAAACUGCAGUUUCAUUCGUCGUGAUGAUCAUCUCUGCCCGUCACCUCAUCUACCGUCCAAACGGCCUCACCACCAGCUUAGGAGUAGUUAGUCCAUUUGUCGAGAUUGAGAUAAUCGGCUGUGAUGAAGAUAUGAAGAGCAGCAAUAAGCACACCACAAAGACCAUAACCGAUAAUGGUUUUAAUCCAUUUUGGGACGAAUCUUUCCAAUUUCAUGUUUCGCGCCCAUCACUAGCCUUUUUACGGUUUGUCGUCUAUGACAGCGAUAGUUUUAGCGAUUCCCGCUUCAUAGCGCAAGCCACAUAUCCGCUGUCGUGCAUUCGUCGAGGAUUUCGAAGCGUUCCGUUAAAUAACGACUUUAACGACCUACUAGAAAUGUCUUCCCUCCUAAUUUUCCUAGAUUACAACAAACCGGAACAGGAGAAACAUAAACUUCUCAACACUGGCUAUUCGAAGCUGCUGCAAAAGGAGAAAACAAUCAGAUUCUGCGAAUUACAAACCCAAAAGUCUGAAGCUGAAAUAGGGGAGAUCGAACCUGCAGUGAAAGAAGCUCGUACUGAAUUCCAUGGAACCGAAUUCAGUCAACUUCACUUUCUGAACCGUUCUUGGUUGUAUUUUGUAACAGUUCUUUCGAAAAAAAUUUCAGGCCUGAAUAAUUACACUUAUGACGGUAGUUGUAGUUCUGUUAUUCAUUUCCAUUCACACCGGUCAAAUUAAGUUUUUAUAAUAUUUCACUAACCACUGAAG